AAUAUACUUUUUAGUGGCAACAAGUUCGGGCGAUUGAAGUUAGUUACGAGCAGCACAGCUUUUGAGAAUUGCGAAAAUGAAGUUCCUCAAUAUUUGUUUGAUUGUGUGUGCAGCACUCAUAGCAAAUACUAAGUGUGACGACUUUGAGGGGGUUAAACUUACGGCUCAGGAAUGUAAGGACGAAGUUGGUGCAACGGAUGAGGACGUUGAAACGAUGUUUAAGCAUGAGCCAGCUGGCAGCGCGGAGGCGAAAUGCCUGCACGCAUGUGUUAUGAAAAGAUUUGGUUUGAUGAAUGACGAUGGCAAAAUGGAUAAGGAGAAGGCUACGGAUAUUUUGAAAAUUAUCGCCAGCGGCAAUGAAGAACAAGAGAGCUUGGGUUUGGAGGUUUUAGAAACGUGCGUGGACAUAGACGUUGAUGAGGAUCAUUGCGAGGCUGCUGAAGAUUAUCGUGUCUGCAUGCACACUAAGGCUGCAGAGAAUGGAUUUACUAUGGCGCGUGUUUAAAUUUGGAGCAGGAACUAAUACGAACAUUCUUGAAGACGACUCUGGCUUUUGAAUUAUACAUACAUACAUACAUACAUAUGUAUUUACCUUCUUUAUAUUUUAGUAAUUAAUCUGCAAGUCCGGCUGUUUCUCUGUACGCUCUGUUUUAUUAAUGCAAAUUCUAGUAAUUUUUAGGCAAAAUAUAAGCAUGUAGCUUCGAAAUACUAAA